ACAGCACGCGAACGAUUGGGUGAAGUUACAGACGGAGUCGCUCGGUCACUCGACCUGUUUGCUUUUUCCUGGCGUUGAAAUUCACCAACAGCGCAGCAGACGGGGAGGAACUCCUUCAUAUAUGUGUGUUUUUCGUCCAGUCUGUCAGUCAAAUUACUUCUGUCGAAGUAGCGGUAACGCAGCAGCACCAUGGACGAGGCACCUGGAUAAGACGAACCAUGGCUUUUAAACAGUUCCUGUGGCUGCUGCUGUUUGGUGGACAGUGGGCGAUCACAAGUUCCCAGCUCCAGAACCAAAGUGAAUUCAAGUCAGCUGGACUGUCCUCGAAUCUAACCUUUGUGAAGAUGGCCGCAAAGACUGUGGAGUGCGAUCUGGUGAUGAACCACACGUCUGCAGACCGCUGCAACUUUGUGAAGAACACGCCAGACUGUGACAUGGAAGAUGGAUUCAUCAACUACCUCAGGAUUGUAUUCUGCCUGCUGCCUCCCGACCUCACGCCGUUCACCAUCACCCUCUGUAGUAUAUGGCUGCUUUUCUUGUUUAUGAUUCUUGGACUGACCGCAUCUAAGUUUUUCUGUCCCAAUCUGUCGGCCAUCUCCUCCAGCCUUCACCUCACUCACAAUGUUGCUGGUGUGACGUUUCUGGCUUUGGGUAAUGGAGCUCCUGACAUCUUCAGCGCCAUGGCAGCGUUCUCUCAUCCGCACACCGCCGGGCUGGCUGUCGGAGCUUUGUUUGGAGCUGGUAUAUUUGUUACCACAGUAGUUGCUGGCAGCGUGUCUCUUUUUAAGCCUUUUGCUGUGGCGUCUCGACCGUUUCUGCGUGACGUCAUCUUCUACAUGGUUGCAGUGUUCUGGACUUUCCUCAUGCUGUACAGAGGAACCACCACGCUGGGAGAAACCCUAGGUUACCUCAGCCUCUACGCGCUGUAUGUCCUGACCGUUAUCAUCAGUGCGUACAUCUACAAACGACAAAGAAACUCUGAAAAUACCAGCAACCAAAACGGUCCACAUAUUCCAGAGUUUCCGUCAUCAGAUUCAUCAGACGAUGACCUUCCAGACCUCACUGGUGGAAAUAUCCAGCAAGAAUAUGAGUCCGAGUACAGACCACUUCUGCCGUACUCUGAGCCCACAAGCCGGAUCCUGCUGAACUCUUUGAAUCCGGUGGACAGCAGGAAGUGGAGAAGAAAAUCUUGGAGAUGGAGAGUCCUCAAAGUGCUGAAGACGCCUUUAGAGAUGCUGCUGCUGCUCUGUGUACCCGUGGUCGACCCAGACAAAGAAGACAGGAACUGGAGGCGCCCCUUAAACUGCCUUCAACUGAUGAUUGCACCUGUGGUGUGUGUGCUUGCCUUCCAAUCGGGACAAUAUGGAAGUUACAUGAUCCAGGAGCAGUUCCCUCUCUGGCUCCUGAUUCUUCUGCUGGGAUUCUUUCUGGCUGCUAUCGUUUUCUGCACCACCACAAAUGAUCAUCCUCCCAAAUAUCAUGCACUCUUUGCUCUCCUGGGCUUUGUUGUGAGUGCAGUCGUGAUCAGUGCUGCAGCCUCGGAGGUGGUCAGCCUUCUGCACAUGCUCGGAGUGGUGCUGAGCCUCAGUAACACUGUACUGGGGUUGACUCUUCUGGCCUGGGGCAACAGCAUUGGAGACUGUUUUUCUGACAUCACAAUAGCCCAGCAGGGCUACCCACGGAUGGCCAUAUCUGCUUGCUUUGGAGGCAUUAUUUUCAACAUGCUAAUAGGAGUGGGUUUGGGGUGCCUUGUGCAGAUGGUUAAAACAGAUUCCGAUGUGCAGUUUGAGUCAGAGGGGUUGUUGACAUGGAUCCUGGCUGGAUCUCUGGGCUUAUCCUUGGUUCUGUCUUUCAUCAUCGUUCCUUUGAGCCAGUUCCACUUGGGUCGAACGUAUGGGAUCUUCCUCCUCGUGUUCUACGCCAUCUUCCUCACAAUAGCACUUUUUACAGAGUUUGGAACGAUCCAUACCUGACCUACGGUGAACAGAUGCAUCACUUUGUGAAGGACGGUCCUGCUUUUCUUAUUUGUCCAGCAUUUUAAUAUACAGACUCCUGUUUUUAGUCACAUGAAUUUGACUCUGAAGAGUCGUACUUUUGCUUGUGCUAAUCAGUGGGACACUGGGGCAAAGGCUGCAGACAGUUCAGUAUGCUCAACAAAAUACAAUACUCCUACGGCGGCCCCCUUCAGGGGUCACCAGAUCGACCUAGACAUGUGAUCUGGUUUCAGUUUUAUGGUGGUUUCCUCACCUGACCACAUCCUCUGCAUUUCCUCCAGACAGAGCGACACUGCAAAGCGCCCCCAUGUGGUUGCAGUAACCUACAGCACUUGGUAAUCUCAGAUGAAAGGACUACCCAACCCUGCUGAGCUUCUGAUAUAAACUGUAUUUGUUGCACUAUUGAAGCAGGAAUCAGUAGUAUUUUUAGUUUCCAGAAAAAUUCUGUGUUUUGUCAGUAAAACCAAGCAGCCAGUAUAGAUUUCUGCUCAGGGAAGGUUGAAACAAAUGUGCCUUUUUUCUGUUUUGUCUUACUGUAACUGUGACUUAUGUUCAGUCAACAAAGAAAAGUGUUUCAUUAGUUUAUUAAUUUAUAAAAAUGUUCUAUAAAUCAAAUGUUAAUAACUGUAAUAAUUUGGAGGACAUAAAGACGUUUUUGUUUAUAAAAUGUUUUACGCAAGUCUCUACGUAUAAAUUACUGUAAUGUAAAUCAUUGUAAUAAAACAACAUUUUUCAUUUAAA